AUGGAAAACAUCAGUAAUUUUUUGGAAGCAAUCAAAGCGUACGGUGUUCCCGAGAUUUCUUGCUUUCAAACGGUCGAUUUGUAUGAGAAUAAACAGUGCUAUAAGGUGAUCGAAUGCCUUAGAGCAUUGGCCGCAGUUGCUCAAUCCAAGAACGCUCCAGUUGUCUUCCCAAAUUGGGUUGUUAAAAUCUCACAAGGCCGUCCCAGAAGUUUCCCUGAAUCAGUGAUAAGACAAGGUGAGAUGGUGAUCCCAUUGCAAUACGGUACGAAUAAAUGCGCAUCACAGAAAGGAAUGACCCCGUACGGAUUGACCAGGCAGAUCAAACCUGAACUCUGA